UCUUUGGAGCGUCGAUUAACCCUGAUAAGACAAUCAAAACAGCAGCAAGGUACAGUGGACAAUUCCGCCAUGCCUAUCCCAGGAUUGACUUACGAAGACUUGAAUAAUGCUGUUUUGGAAAAUGAAAGGGCUAUGGAAAUGAUCCAGGACUGGCUUCAAGACUGUGGGACGUCUGUGGAGAAUACACCAGAGACAAAGUCCCAGCAUCAAAUCAAAGGUCCAUACAGUAAGGGAAACAGCCUUGAAGAUGAUUUCAGUUUGGGAGCUGAAGCAAUGUUGUUAUUUGAUAACAUUAAAAUCAGCUCAAGGGUGACACAUCCACAACUCAAGAACAUGUAUCUGGGAAACAGUAUGGCAUCCAACAGCACUACAAAGACGUGUUCCAGUAUCUCCGAUGUUCUAACAUUGUAUCAAGAAGAUGCAGAGAUCAUUCUCUAUAACUUGGGAUUCGCCAUGGAGGUACCAUCUCGAAUUCCCGACAGGUUUUUUGCCUACCCAUCUGAAGCAGCGGGAAUUGAUUUCAAACUGUUCAACCAAUGCCAGAGGCAUAGAUUGGAAGUUGAAGAUCACAUUUACUUACAAAAAAGUUACUACAGAAUGGAUUCUAUCGCGUGAGCACCCCAUUAUCUAUUCAGCCAUGUGAAAGAUGUCUGUACAGUGCAGGAGCUAUACAGCUGUGUGAAAUACCAGAACUAGGUGGACACUGGUAGACUUCAAAUGACCUGUAUCCCAGAAG